UAUAUAUAUAUAUCCCUUAGGAGCCUUUCUUCUCAACACCAUAGCCUCUCAAAUUUUCAUUAGAAACCCAAAAUUUUCUUAGAAACCUUCUUUGAUUCUUCUUUGAUUUAAUUAAUUUAAUGGAGACCAAGUCUCGCACUCUAGAGAUCACGGUUUUAUCAGCAGAAGGCCUGAGAAUCGACAACAAACCGGUGAAAAAGAACGCCUACGUCGUCGUUUCGGUCGACCCUUUCAACAACAAGGCGACCAAGGUCGACGGAGAAGGAGGUAGCUACCCUUCUUGGAACGACAAGCUGGUGAUGGAAAUGCCGUUACAGACGCGGUUUAUAACCCUCCUAGUCAAAUGCAAGGGGUCCAGAGGGGAAAAAACGGUAGGGUUAGCGAGGAUACCGGUGACGGAUUUCGUCGGAGGGUAUUCGCCGGCGACUUGUUUGCAGUUCUUGAGUUACAGGUUAAGGGAUCCUAAGGGGUUGAAGAAUGGGAUUAUUAAGGUUUCAUUGAGAGUGAAAGAGCCUUUGCAGGAUUGUUCUUCACAGUCUGCGGCUGGUGGUGGUGGUAAUGCGGCGAUGAUAGGGCUGGGAAUUCCCAUUGAUGGACGAAGAGACUAUGGUAUGGUUACUGGGAUUCCAGUAUGGACUGGUUAUCCAUCUAAUUCUUUGUUUUAGAUGAUUGAUCUUUGUAGUGAUUCAAUUGAAGUAAUUGCAAAAGUUGUACAAAAAAAUACACAAAUAUAUAUCAACAAUUUUGUUUAAUCCAAUCAA